AAUGUAGAAACAACAAAAUACAAAUUACAAAAAAAAAUAUUAGAUUUAUAUAAAACAUACAUUACCUAAUUGAACCUAGGGAACUUACACCAGUUUGCACAGCAUCUGUAAAAUAAUAAUGAAUGGACCACAAAAGAGUAAGAAGUGGUUCAAACCAUUAUUCGAAUUUGACGAAACUGAGCCACCGAAAAAGAUUAAAAAGAGUACAAGUAAAAUAGUUGAACCUAUAAACAACAAUGAGGAUGAUAUAUGUGCACGAAAGAACAACAAUCAUAUAAUUCAUAAUGUAACUAGUAAAAAUUGGAUGAAGAAUUUCGAUCCAGAUAAAGUCGAGGAUUUAGCAGUGCAUAGUAAAAAAGUUCAAGAGGUAGAAGAAUGGUUGAAAUGUUCUUGUUUGAACAGUAGCAGUAAUAUGUUACUAAUCUCUGGGCCAGUGGGAUGUGGAAAAACAGCAACAAUACACACCUUAGCAGCUAAACAUAAUAUAAAAGUUACAGAGUGGAUUACACCAGUUGAUAUAGAAUUCCCUUCAGAAUAUGGAGACUAUCAAUUUAAAGAAUCUCAAUCAAAAAGAUUCCUUGAUUUUAUUAUAAAUGCUGCCAAUUUCACAUCUCUUCUGGAUAACAAUAGCAGUAAAGUAGUGCUUGUGGAAGAUUUUCCCAAUACAUUUUUAAGGACACCAGCAGAGUUUACAGAUAUUUUACACCAAUAUAAGCAAAGAGCGAAAUCCCCCAUUGUUUUCAUUUGCUCAGAGUCACAUUCGGAUAACAAAAAUAUAGCAUUGAAUCUCUUUACUCCAACAUUAAAAGAGCAGUUCAAUAUAACACAUAUAGCGUUCAAUGCUGUAUCAGUAACAGGUUUAAAGGCAGCAUUAAAACGUGCUGUUGACAUUAUUAGUAAGAAAUACUUAUCAAUGUACAACAUACCAAGUGCCAGUGUUGUGGAUUCAGUUGUCAAUUCUUCGGGAGGCGAUGUUCGAUCUGCUAUAUUAAAUUUACACUUUGCGUCACUAAAAGGAUCAACAAUGAACUUAGAAACUAGUAUUAUUCUUGAAAAAGAAGUUAAAAGUAAAACAACCAAAAAGAAAAAGAAUGCUUCUAGUAAAUUUAUGUCUUUGGGAAAGGAUCAAACUGUGAGCAUAUUGCAUGGAGUUGGCAGAGUACUUAAUCCUAAAGUUAUAGUAUCAGAAGACGGCAAAAAGAAUUUGACUCACUCCCCCAAAGAUAUAAUUGAACAAUUUCUUAGUCAUCCCAGUUCGUUCAUAUCAUUUUUGGAAGAAAACUAUUUACCUCACUUCUCUUGUCCAAAUGAUGUUGACAAAGCAGCCUCCGCUCUUAGUGAUAGUGACUACAUGCUGUCUGAGUGGAAUGAGAAACUGUGCCAGGAGUAUGGUUUAUAUACAGCUGUAGCUGGUCUAAUGUUAGCUAAUAAAUCACCAGUCUCUGCCUGGAAUCCUGUGCGAGGCCCUAAAAAUAUGAAAGUUCAAUAUCCGACAUUAAAAGAAUUACCACAACUGGACAGUGAUUAUUUGUACAAAGGCAAAGUGUUGGUUUCCGAUUACCUUACCUAUUGCAAGAUAAUUGGGAACAAUAAUUAGUUUUAAGAAAAAUGUACUGUGAUUUUGAAAAUUUAUUAAUAAAAUUUAAACUUC